AAGAAGGCAAGAUGAUCCAGCGUCCCAAAAGGGGAGAAACAGACGAGGACCUCCUGCGCCAAGAAGAAGAAUUUUUAGCACGAGCAAACUCCCGUCCUGCAGCUACAGUAGUAUCCGUCAAUAAAAGAAAAACUGAUGAGGAGGAUGAGAAAAAGACAGAAUCACAAAAACCACAGUCCAAGUUUGCAAGGGAGCGUGCCAACAAGAAGAAAAGGGAGGGAAUAGUUGACAACACUGUCCUGAAGGAAGCAGCAUCAAGAGAGGAGAGAGUUGCAGUUUUGGGUCGCAUUGUGGAGAGAGUUGUACCCCCUAAUGUGAGUCUUGAGGAUUGGAAACCAGAAGCAAAUCCACAUGGCUUCCCAAAAGCACACCAGCUUUCAAACUUAAAACAUGGAGCCCCUUCUUCAGACACUAAUCUCCUCACUGGAUCCAGAAAGAAGUCCCUCUACAUGCAGGAAUUGCAGGAAAAAGGUGCCAUAAAGAAACAAGGCAAUCAGGAGGCAGCAGCAACCCUUUCAGCUAGACCUGUAGUUCCAUCUUCAGAUGUGAAGGAUCCAAGAAUUUCUGCUUUGGGACAACAAAGUUACAUCAUUCAAGGAGAUGUGUCAGAAGCACAGAAGAUUCACAAUGAAAACAUCAGCAAAAUUGCAAGCAUGUCACAUGAUGAGCGCCUAAAGGCUCAGCAAGAACUCAUGGCCAGCUUAGGUCCUAAAGAGCUUAACUUCUUACAGUCACUGAGAAUGAAAAAGGAAAUGUUAAAGUGCCAGCAAACAGAAGAUGAACUCAUGGACUGUGAAGCUUCAGAAAAGGAGGAUCAAAGCCACUUGCACCUCCCACGCCUCCAAGUAGUGCAGACAAGGGAGAGGAAUUACGGAAAGUGA